CACUGUAGCGAGAUGUAGUAACCCGGCGCAUAAAGUGGUCAUUUUAAGCAGGCAGUGACGUGAACAGCUCCGGUACAGAGUGAGGACUUCAGUCGAGUGUGUGGUGGGGUUGCGAGGGGACAGAAGGAGUUUACGAGUGGCUGUGGAGGAGGACAACCUGCGGAGCGCCACAGUAUGUCCUGGUUAAUAUUUAGCCCAGCAGUCAGCAGCCUUUGGCCCCGCAUUCCGCUCGCGUUCACCGGCCUCAGCCUGGCUCAUAUCACCAGGAGCUCUACUAAAAUGUCAUCGGACUCCCAUUGGCUUGCUCCGGCUGACCGGGACCAGCAUGUAAUGGAGUUGAGGGCCACAGGCUGGAUGGAGGUGGAGGACCGUGACGCAAUCUACAAGGAGCUUCACUUUAAAACCUUCAACCAGGCAUUCGGCUUCAUGUCGCGAGUGGCGCUGCAGGCUGAGAAGAUGAACCAUCACCCCGAGUGGUUCAACACUUACAACAAGGUGCACGUGACGUUGACCACGCACGACUGCGGCGGGCUGUCCAAGCGAGACAUCAAGAUGGCCAAGUUUAUUGACAAGGUCGCUCUUUCUAUGUGAAUUGUC